AUGGUUUCUAAACCAUCCGCCAUGCCGUCACACCUGCCAUCCUGCCAUCCCUCCCCACCCCGCCUUGCGCAGAAAGGUCUUCUCUCCUUUCUGCGGGGCACCGUGAAGAGACCUUCUCACCCCGCCAAGACACGAGACAUACUUACAAUUCGUGCCGCCCGUUACUGUUCAGGCCGCCCGUCACUGUCCAUGCCGCCCAUCACUGUUCCCGCCGCCCGGUUACAGUUCAGGCCGUCCGUCACUGUUCAGGCCGCCCGUCACUGUUCAGGCCGCCCGUCACUGUUUAUGCCGCCCGUCACUGUUCAUGCCGCCCGUCACUGUUCAUGCCGCCCGUCACUGGUCAUGCCGCCCGUCACUGGUCAUGCCGCCCGUCACUGGCCGUGCCGCCCGUCACUGGUCAUGCCGCCCGUCACUAGUCAUGCCGCCCGUCACUGCUCGUGCCGCCCGACACUGCUCGUGCCGCCCGUCACUGCUCGUGCCGCCCGGUCACUGCUCCUGCCGCGCGUCACUGCUCCUGCCGCCCCGUUACUGUUCAUGCCGCCCGAUUACCAUGCCAUGCCAUGUCCUCGUGCUCGUUUCCGCCCUUGCUCGUUUCUGCCGACAGUGACGGGCGCAGCUGGGCAACGGUGCGGCGAGGCUAAGGCGAAGCCAGUGAGGCACGAGGUGAGACAACGGUCCCCACUCUCCUGGCCCCCUUCUCCUAUGCUCUCAUCUCCUGGCCCCCUUCCCCUAUGCUCUCGUUCCUUUGCUCUGCACUCGUCGUUCCCUUGCUCUGCACUCGUCGUUCCCUUGCUCUGCACUCGUCAUUCCCUUGCUCUGCACUCGUCGUUCCCUUGCUCUGCACUCGUCGUUCCCUUGCUCUGCACUCGUCGUUCCCUUGCUCUGCACUCGUCGUUCCCUUGCUCUGCACUCGUCGUUCCCUUGCUCUGCACCCGUCGUUCCCUUGCUCUGCACUCCUCCUCACCCCCCUGUUUUCCCAUCCCCCACUGUUCAUCCUAUUGCUUCCCCAUCCCGCUCUGUUCACCCCACUGCUCGGAGAGCCAUGCUGUCACACCUGCCAUCCUGCCACCCCUCCCCACCCCGCCUUGCGCAGGUGGCCUUCUCUCGCUGCAGGGCGCCGUGAAGAGACCUUCUCACCCCGCCAAGACACGAGACACAUCUACAAGGAUAGGGGGGGACCAUGCCAUGCCAGGGAUAGGGGGGGACCAUGCCAUGCCAGGGAUAGGGGGGGACCAUGCCAUGCCAGGGAUAGGGGGGGACCAUGCCAUGCCAGGGAUAGGGGGGGACCAUGCCAUGCCAGGGAUAGUGGGGGCGGUCUGGGGGGCUGUGGGGGGCUGUGAGGAGGAUUGGGGGGUAGGGGGCUGUGGGGGGCUGUGGGGGGCUGUGGGGGGGCUGUGGGGGGGCUGUGGGGGGGCUGUGGGGGGGCUGUGGGGGGGCUGUGGGGGGGCUGUGGGGGGGCUGUGGGGGGGCUGUGGGGGGGCUGUGGGGGGGCUGUGGGGGGGCUGUGGGGGGGCUGUGGGGGGGCUGUGGGGGGCUGUGGGGGGGCUGUGGGGGGGCUGUGGGGGGGCUGUGGGGGGGUUUCUUCUCCCCUCUUGUUAUUUGCGUUAG